AUGAGAAUCGUUUUCUUGAUCAUACUAGCUUUCCACAGGUACUUCAUCCUUGCCGCCAUCACCUUCAAACUCGAAAUGAAGCCCGAUCCGACCCCAGAGGAGCGCGCUGCUUAUCUUGCAAUUGAAAAGGCCAUGACAUCAGCCGUGAAGCGUUAUCAAAAAUAUGUGGACGUCAAUACAACCAUAACGGUCAAGUAUAUGCCAGGUGUCAAAACAGCAGAUGCCGCUCAUGAUGCACGCGAAAUCCGGUUUGGCAGCCACCAAGAAUAUUGGAACGAACGAGUCGCACUACACGAGAUUGCGCAUAUUUUGGGUGUUGGUUGGCAUGCAUUUGAUGAGAGAUGUAAAAAAAAGACUUGGACGGUGGCCACAAAAGUUCUUCGACAAUUUUCAAAGGAAAAAAAUGACGCCGAAGUACAUUGCGGGGGAGGACAUUUCUGGCCCUACGGCCUGAACUACCCAAAAGAGUUUUCUGAGACAAAUGCAGAUCGACAUUGCCAGAUGAUCAAGGCAAUGAGAGAUGAUGGGAUGCACUGA